UCGUCUUUUCAUUUAUCUAAUUUCGCUAAAUUAAAAUGUCUGUCCCACCUGGAUCCAUAAUUGUGUCGGACUGGCACCGAUGUCCAAACAGCAGAGAGUUUUUCAGCAGAAUACUGCAUAAUAAGAAACGGAGAAAGUUUGGGCUCUUAGAAGCACCAAUAAUGCCUCCUCAUAUGAAUGUGGACAUCGUUCGCUACAAGGUCUUCAUCUCAGGAAAAACUGGAGUCGGGAAAAGCGCUCUUGCUGACCGUCUCGCUGGCCUCGAUCUCCCCAAAAUGCACUAUGAGACCACAGGAAUAGAGACAACCGUGGUCUUCUGGCCUGUAAGACUAAAGGAGAGUGGUCGUGUGCUGUUUUUCCGCUUUGAGCUUUGGGAUUGUGGGGAAAGUGCAAUACGAAGAUUUGACCACAUGUUACCGUCCUGUAAGGAACAGGUGGAUGCAAUCCUUUUCCUGUUCUCCUUCACUGAUCGUGGCUCCUUUGAUGAUCUUUCAAAUCAGAUAUCACGGAUCACAGAAUCUUCAGAUCGAGUGGUUAAACUGGUCAUUGGCACCAAAUUUGACUUAUUUAUGCACACAGAUGUGACAGAGAGCGACGUAACACAUUUUCAAGAAGUGUGGGGUCUUCCGAGCUUCCGAGUGGGAGGUGAUGUGAGUGCGGGGCUUGGUGAAGUAGCACCCCUCCUAAAUGCCCUUGCAGAAAACCUAUGGCACCAGGACUGUGUGGCUGCUUCAUCUGUGUCCAUCUCCACACAGGCUGCUCUCAGAGAAACAGACUCAGAGAUCAUUGUAUAGCUUGUACGUGUAUUGUGGGUCAAUCUAACAUGGAUUGGUCAAUAAAUUUCAUAGAUGGAAUAUGCUGCUAUGGAAACACUCUGAAUACCACUUACUUGAAGUAUUUUUCAUGUUCCUAAAUGCCUAUAAUUUUAUUAGUCAUUUCAGUCAGUGACAAAUAUCUGUGAGUCAAGAAAUGGUGAACAAAAAUAUAAAAAUGUCAUGAAAUGAGUUUGCUUGUA